AUGAUCAUCGCCGAUCUUCUUUGGAAAUCGUUUCCUCUAUACUUAUUCGGAUCAGGAAGAGAAUCUCUCUCAGAGUCCAUUUUGCAGACAAUGGCUUCUUCUCCGACGAAAAUCCUCUGUGACGCCGGCGAAUCAGACCUCUGCCGAGACGACGCAGCUGCAUUCCUACUCAAAUUCGUAGCCAUUGCCUCAAUCCUCCUAGCCGGAGCUGCAGGUGUAGCCAUACCUCUCAUCGGCAAGAACCGCCGGUUCCUCCAAACCGAAGGAAACCUCUUUGUAGCUGCUAAAGCCUUCGCGGCCGGUGUCAUACUCGCCACUGGCUUCGUCCACAUGCUUGCAGGCGGCACAGAAGCUCUCACCAAUCCCUGCUUACCGGAUUAUCCGUGGUCCAAGUUUCCCUUUCCCGGGUUCUUUGCAAUGGUGGCUGCUUUGAUCACUCUGCUUGUUGAUUUCAUGGGGACACAGUACUAUGAGAGUAAGCAUCAUAGUAACGAGUCUGGUGGUGGUGGUGGUGAAGCUUCUGUUGUUGAGCCUGGUUGUGAAGAGACGUCAUCUGUUGUUCCUGUGGUUGUGGAGAGAGGGAAUGAUAAUAAUAGUAAAGUGUUUGGUGAAGAAGACGGUGGUGGGAUGCACAUUGUUGGCAUUCGUGCUCACGCUGCUCACCAUAGACAUAGUCACUCUAAUGGUCAUGGUACUUGCGAUGGACAUGCUCAUGGACAUGGACAUUCACACGGACAUGCACAUGUUCAUGGAAGUCAUGAUGUUGAAAAUGGAGCUAGACAUGUUGUUGUUUCUCAGAUAUUGGAGCUUGGGAUUGUGUCACACUCAAUCAUCAUCGGUUUAUCUCUCGGUGUAUCGCAGUCUCCGUGCACGAUCAGGCCUCUCAUUGCAGCUCUAUCGUUUCACCAGUUCUUUGAAGGGUUUGCGCUUGGAGGAUGCAUCUCUCAAGCACAGUUUAAGAACAAGUCAGCGAUCAUAAUGGCUUGCUUCUUCGCGCUGACCACACCGAUAGGGAUUGGGAUUGGAACCGCGGUGGCUUCGUCUUUCAACUCGCAUAGCCCUGGAGCUUUGGUGACCGAAGGGAUACUAGACUCGCUCUCUGCUGGGAUACUGGUGUAUAUGGCUCUGGUGGACCUGAUCGCAGCUGAUUUUCUAAGCAAGAGGAUGAGUUGUAAUGUGAGGCUUCAAGUUGUUUCUUAUGUUAUGUUGUUCCUUGGCGCUGGACUUAUGUCCGCACUCGCCAUUUGGGCUUAG